ACUUUACCAUUGUAGUUUGAGCUGUUGAUGUGGUCUUGUGAGACGUUAAAAAAAUAAUUGUAAAUAUGUCGAAAAUUGUGUGUUUGUUUUUGAUAGCGCUAGCUGGCGCGAACGCUAUGACGUUCAAUGUAACCAACAGGCUUAGCAGCGGAAAUUUGGCGGCUGAAGCGCAGUUUCCUUACAUGGCAUCCUUGCAGCAGACAAGUUUGGCCACGGCACCCACUAGAGGACAUGUUUGCGGAGGUGUCCUGAUCACAUUACAACACGUACUGACUGCAGCUUCCUGCAUGUUUACUUUUGGACCAAAUGGAGUGCAGACGGCGAUUAACUUACAACAGUACAGGGUGUUCGCUGGCGCUACAACCUUAUCUAACGAUGCUGACCCCAACCGAUACCGUAAUUUGUUAAGCUCUAACGUACAUCCAGAUUUCAUUGCCUCCUCACAUCUUAAUGACAUCGCUAUUAUAACCCUCGUCACUCCAUUCAUCAACAGCACCAGUAUCAGGGCUCUGCCUCUGCCCGGUCCUUUAGUUGGACCCCCAGAAAUGUCAUCAUGUACCAUUGCUGGUUGGGGUACUGACGGUACCACUGCUGAAGGUACUCCUAGCUUGAACCUCAAGUUUGCGAACAAGUACGUGUACAGCCAGAGUUUGUGCCAGAAGGUUUACGCCGGCUUGAGUAACUCACCCAACGUAUUCCCUUCAAUGAUCUGCUCAGCUUCUCACGACAUCAUAUCAACGGGAUGCUUAGGUGAUGAAGGUGGUCCCUUAGUCUGCAACGGGCUUCUCUCAGGUAUCCUGGUCUUCACCAACAACUGUUACCCCACGGCUUUCCCUGAAGUGUACACUAGAGUCUCAAACUACACAGUGUGGGCACGGUCCAUCACUGGCGCGGCAUCGACCUUCCAACCUGGAGUGUUGGUAUUCGUCUUCGCCCUAGUACAAAUUUUCGUAUCGAAAUUUGUUAACUAAGGAGUUUUUAUUACCGUAACUAUUUAUGUAUUUAGAGUUUAAUUUUAUAUAAGGAAGUUAUUGUUCUAAGUUU